UUUACGGACUAUUCACACCGUAGGGCAUCCCUAAUUUGCUAGUGUCUAGCGGUGGUGACUUGGUGGUGACCUUAGUUGGUUUAUAAAUAAACAUUUUACUUAAUUAAUUGAUUUAUUAUGUGCAUUAUUUAUCAGAGUUUUAAGAAAAGAUGAACGAAAUACAGCAAGCAAAAUUUAAUGAUAUCCCACAAAAAUAUAAAUAAAAUAAGGCUUAUCUCAGUUGGCGUCUUGUUUUUUGUGAUUAAGUUUACAAAAUAAACCAUGGCAGCGGUCGAGACAGUUAAAGUAUCGGUAGUGAUUGAUGCAACGCCUAAUGUAAUACCUUGUUCGAGUUCUUUUACUGCCGAAGAGUUGUGUAUACUUUUAUGUAAAAAAUACAAUAUUCCUCCAUUGACGCGUACGCUAUUUGCAUUACGGAUCAAAGGCACGGACUAUUUCCUAAAAGAUAAUAGUAAAGUUCUUUCGAGUUCACGAGAUUAUGAAUUGAGAAUACGGUUCAAGGUACCUAGACUGGGCCUUCUCAUUACAAUUGAUGAAACAACCUAUGACUAUUACUUUCAACAAGCUCGCAAUGAUGUCAAUGAGAAUAAAAUACCUGAAAUCAAGUAUCCUGAGCAUAAGCAAGAAUUGUUGGGCCUCGGUAUUGCAGAUAUGACACGAGCUAUAUUAGAAGAAAAGUUGCCAUUAAAUGAUGUUGUUCGAAAUUAUAAGAAAUAUAUCCCAAAGGUGAUAGUCAGAAGACAUGGGCCUUUCCCUAAAAAAUAUGCACAUGAUUACCUCCCACAGUUGUGCUCUGUAGGACACAAUGUUAACUACGUCAAAAAUUUAUAUUUGCAACAAUUGUAUGGUUUGGCACCCAAUUAUCUCGCCGAGGAAUACGACAAUGUUCUGUGGCAGAAUGGUGGUGACGUUGUCCCUGUGAGAGUAGUUGUGGCUCCCUUCCAUCCUCACCAGCCCGGCAUACGUUUGUACAAUACUCUGAAGAGAGAUUGGUUUCACGUAUGUACAAUAGAAGAAUUGAUAUAUUUGACCAGAAAUGGCGAUAACUGCUUGGAAGUGUCGAGACGAGGGACGCCGUUAUUUUUUAAAUUUAAAUCCGAGGAACAGCUGUCAUCAUUUAUAUCGUUGUGUGAUGGUUAUUAUAGGUUGAUGGUAAAAUGGACAUUCAAUCUUUCAAAAGACGAUGAGACUCCAUCAUUAAAGGAACUACAAAGGAUAAAAUGUCACGGUCCAGUUGGUGGUGCGUUUUCAUAUAGAAAGUUGGAAGAGAAACGUGGCAAAAAACACGGGUGUUAUAUUUUAAGACAGUGCCAGGACGACUAUAAUGUAUUUUAUCUAGAUGUUUGUACAAAGAAUAGUACCACAGAAACAUACAGGCUUGAGUUCAAAGGACACUGUUAUGUAUUCAACAAAGAGGAGUACUUCAGUAUCGAAAGACUAGUAAGCUGUCAUCAGAAUAGUGAAGGACGGAUUUUUUUGAAUGAAUGCAUCCCUCCCUCCGAAUAUGAUAAAUCUCAGUUGCUCCUUUGUGGAGAACCAGUUAAGAAAGGUGUGAGGAUAGAUCAAGCUGAAUUGCAUGAAAUUUUAAAAGACAAUAAAAGUCCUAGAUGUCUACCAAACAAAGACAUACUGUUGUAUACUGGUUCAGAAAAAAUAGGGUCCGAAAAUAUUACAGCUACGUAUAAAGCUUUAUGGAGGCUCGAUGAGACUAAAAAGCUUCUAGUUGCUUUCAAAACACUUCAGAGGGAUAAAGCGAAUGAUUAUUUAAAGGAUUUUAUCGAAUUAGCGAGUAAAUGGGCUUGCGUGCAGUCGAGCUCGAUAGUCCGACUCUAUGGUGUCACUCUCAGCUCGCCCACUGCUAUGGUGCUUGAAUACUUGCCUUAUGGACCCUUUGAUGUUUAUCUAAGGGAGAAUGAAGAACACGUAAAACCGAUACAUUUGAAGAAAGUAGCCGCCGGUCUUGCUCGGGCUUUAUGGGAUUUAUCCGAAGCUGGAAUUGUUCAUGGUGGCAUUCGUUGUAGGCGACUAUUGCUCGCGUCGCACCAGGCAGAUAGGAUCGUAGUCAAGCUUUCCGGACCUAGUCUCAGACAGUAUACGCCUCAAGACGUCCAUUGGAUGCCGGUGGAAUUCUUUUCGGAUAUGAAUCUCGCGAGGCGAUCUGUGUUGGGUGACAUAUGGGCGUUCGCGACCACACUGUGGGAGGUCUUCUCGUAUGGACAGUCGCCGACUCAAACCAAUCCCGUGCUAACCGCGAAGAGCUACGAGGCGGGCGCGCGGCUGCUGCGGCCGGCGCGCUGCCCGGGCGAGGUGUGGGCGCUGCUGCGGCAGUGCUGGCUGGGCGAGCCGCCGCGCCCGCAGGAGAUCAUGCGCGACCUCAACCACAUGCUGCACCGCGAAUAUGUACCUCUUCACGAGUAUGAAGAACCAAAGAUAUCUCUCGACCACAUAGACCACGCAGAUACUAUUUCUAGUGAAAGAUUUAUUCCAAGCGAGCUAAGUGACGCAGGUAGCAACAAAUCGCUUAUAUCAGUUGACAGCAGCAUACCCUCUAUGAAUGGGACUAUGUCAGACCAGUACGACAAUAUCGUAAGUCGAUAACAAGAUUUUGCUUUACUUACUACUAAUAUAAACAAAGUUUCCUAUAUCUUGUAUACGCCGGCCGCAGACAGGCAGAGCCCGGCGGCGCGGCGCGGCCCGUCGCGCUCGCGCCGCAGCAGCCUGGGCGCCGGCGCGCCCGACGGGGACGCCGCCGCGCCGCGCCUCAUGGAGUCCAUCGUGUCGCAGGGCAAGACCUACCUCGUCACCGUCACCAAGAAGAUCGGCAGCGGUAAUUACGGCCACGUAUUCAAAGGAUGGAUGGAACGGGACAACCAAGAAUCUCAACGGAAGGAAGUAGCUGUGAAGAAACUGACCAGGCAAGCUUCCGAAAGAAAUGGCAGCUUGUAUGAAGAUUUUAAAAACGAACUAGAGAUCAUGAAGUCUCUACAACACAUAAACAUAGUCGAGAUCCUCGGUUACUCUUGGGAUCAUGGUUCAGACGUCCUCAUAGUUAUGGAGUACUUGGAGGAAGGCUCACUCAACUACUACCUCAAGUUCCAAGGAGACAAACUUCGGAUAUCGCAUUUACUUAAAUAUGCCAAAGAUAUAGCUACGGGUAUGGACCACGUAUCAGCCAAAAAUGUAGUUCAUCGAGAUCUGGCGACACGGAACAUUCUCGUGGUGAACAAGUACCACGUUAAAAUAUCAGAUUUUGGCCUCGCCAGGAUUAUACCGAAAGAAGAGAAUGCGUACCGAAUUAAGACGGAACGACUACUUCCUAUCAAUUGGUACGCUCCGGAGUCGGCCGUGGAGCCGUGGCACUUCUCGACGAAGAGCGACGUGUGGUCGUUCGGCGUGACGGCGUGGGAGAUCUUCACGCGCGCGCGCCAGGAGGUGCCCAAGUUCGACACCGAGCGCCCGCGCGAGCGCGCCUCCUGUUUCCAGAUACCAGAGGGUUGCCCUUCUGAGAUAUUCCGACACCUCAUGAAGGAGUGCUGGGCGCUCGACCCCAACAUGCGGCCCAAGUUCAUCGACCUCGUGCACAUGUGCAAGCGCUUCAUGGACGAGUACAAGUGAGCUUCAACCUCACCUCAACAUUGUCUGAAGACUACCUUUAGUACAAACAGUGGCGUAGCUAGAGCAUUGGAGGGGAGGGGGGUAGGGUCGGCAACGCGCUUGCGAUGCUUCUGGUGUAGCAGGCUUCUAUU